GGAGCAGGAGCCAGGCAAGAAAGUAGCAGAAAGUGAGGCUGGCAGGCGGCAGCAGAGGCAGGAAGUCUGUGCCGGAGAGCAGUAGAAAUUAGAGCCAGGGAGGGACCGCGGCGGCGGCAGCCAAGGCGAAAGAGGAAACUGCCGAAGAGGAAGCUCUGCGGCAGCCCGAGCCUCCCUGAGAUCCGCAAUCUCCAGCUCUGCAUCCCCGCGCCUCGCAUCCCCUUGCGCCCGCGCCCCGCUGCCGGCGCCCCCUCCCCAGCGCACCCCCGGCCGCCUCACAGCACUAGUCUGCCAUGGCCCGGGAGAACGGCGAAAGCAGCUCUUCCUGGAAAAAGCAAGCGGAAGACAUCAAGAAGAUCUUUGAGUUCAAGGAGACCCUCGGAACUGGAGCCUUUUCUGAAGUGGUUUUAGCUGAAGAGAAAGCAACUGGGAAACUCUUCGCUGUGAAGUGCAUCCCGAAGAAGGCGCUGAAGGGCAAAGAGAGCAGCAUCGAGAAUGAGAUCGCGGUUCUUAGAAAGAUCAAGCAUGAAAACAUUGUUGCCCUGGAGGACAUUUACGAGAGCCCCAAUCACCUGUACCUGGUCAUGCAACUUGUGUCUGGUGGAGAACUCUUUGAUCGGAUAGUGGAGAAGGGAUUUUACACAGAGAAGGAUGCCAGCACUCUCAUCCGCCAGGUCCUGGAUGCUGUCUACUAUCUCCACAGAAUGGGCAUUGUCCACAGGGACCUCAAGCCUGAAAAUCUUUUGUACUACAGUCAAGACGAGGAGUCCAAAAUAAUGAUCAGUGACUUUGGCCUGUCAAAAAUGGAGGGCAAAGGAGAUGUGAUGUCCACGGCCUGCGGGACCCCAGGCUAUGUUGCUCCCGAAGUUCUCGCCCAGAAACCGUACAGCAAAGCCGUCGACUGCUGGUCCAUUGGGGUGAUCGCCUAUAUCUUGCUCUGUGGUUACCCUCCUUUUUAUGACGAAAAUGACUCGAAGCUGUUUGAACAGAUCCUCAAGGCAGAAUAUGAGUUUGACUCCCCCUACUGGGAUGACAUCUCUGACUCUGCCAAAGACUUUAUUCGGAAUCUGAUGGAGAAAGACCCAAAUAAAAGAUACACCUGUGAGCAGGCAGCUCGACACCCAUGGAUUGCUGGAGACACAGCCCUCAGCAAAAACAUUCACGAGUCCGUCAGCGCUCAGAUCCGGAAGAAUUUUGCAAAGAGCAAAUGGAGACAAGCGUUUAAUGCCACAGCUGUCGUGAGACAUAUGCGGAGGCUACAGCUCGGCAGCAGCCUGGACAGUUCAAAUGCAAGUGUCUCAAGCAACCUCAGUUUGGCCAGCCAAAAAGAUUGUCUGGCACCUUCCACGCUCUGUAGUUUCCUUUCUUCUACGUCGGGGGUCGCAGGAGUCGGAGCUGAGAGGAGACCCAGGCCCACCACUGUGACAACAGGGCACACUGGAAGCAAGUGACCCGGCUCUGGAGGUGGGACUCAGAGGGCGGGGCCGGGGAAGGAGACGCCCUAGGCCGGAGCAGCUCCAGCAUCGAAACCCCACCCACCCUGCAUGGUGCACCUGCAUAGGACUGGAAGACAGAAGUUUUUUAUGGCCAUAUUUUAUACUGCAAUUCUGAUGUGUUCAUUUCUCACGAACUGUACUGACUCAAGGGGAGCUGACGUCACAGGAUCUGGUGCUGUAUAUAUGAAUCUUGCAAAGCUCUAACUGAAUGGACCUUCUCGCUCCUCCCCCUACUUCACCACUAAUGCUCUCUCAGUGUAGGCAGCCAUCUAGGGUGUAUUUUUUCAUGAAAAAAAAAAAAAAAAGGUUUCAACUGGAUUAUUUAAGUAUUGGUAAAUGUCAUGCAUUAGGAUUGGUUUAUUUUCCUUUUUGAGAUGUCUUUUUGAUCUCUAUCGGUUAGUUACAUGACUUUUAUCAUUCGCUCUUUAACAGUGGCUUUACAUUAACCUUUAAGGGAUCAUUUUUCCCUCCAAGAGGAGUUAAAGGGUAUAUUUUUUAAUUCUAAAAGGAUCAAGAAUCUGUCUCUGUGGCUGAGAGUGCACUUUACUAUACUUCUUUCACCCUCUAUCCCUUCCUCCAGAGGUCACCAGAGCCACUGGGCUGGGCUGGCUUCUCUCCAGGCGGCUUUUGGCAGGGAACCUGCAGAAGACCUUGCCAGCAGCUACCACCC